ACAAAAAUCCAAAACAUUCAUUGUUUAAUAUUGAGGAAUAAACUAGGGCUAAUGGCUUUGCAUUAUCCAAAUCUUGUAAAUUGCCUAAUAUUCCCCACAUAUUCAAAUCUUAUCUUGCAAUUUAACAAAGCCAUAUCCAUAAUCAACCCUCUCAAGGCUGCAAUGCUCACAAAUUUCAGUGAAACCCAUCUCAAAUUCUGUGCUUGAUUACAUCAAAAGAAGAAUAAAGACAUCAAAAUCUAUCAAUUUUAGUUGGAACUAGUUAGUAUAUAUUCUUUUGGUGGGUAUGACCAAAUAUGCUUUGUGGGUAUCAAAGAUUGUGCCUUCUUCACAUCUGGGAUUAAUUCCCUUUCAAUGCUCAUAAUUUACCACCUUCUCAAAGCAUAUAAUUCCCCACCUUUUGCUUCAUUUUCAAGCCAAAACACAACCCCAAUAAUACUCUAAACCACUCUUUUUUAAUCUUACAAACCAAUUCUCUCUCUCUCGCCCCUGAGGGAAGAUCUAUAUUAGUUUAUAGUUUAUGGUUUGACUGAAAUAUGUAUGUAAAGAGGCAAAGACAGUUACCUUGAAGCUUUUCCUUGAGUAUAUAUAUGAUCCCCAUUAGUGUGCUUUAGAAGAAGCCAAAGUUGAACAUGAAGUAUAAUGAGAUCUCUCACUUCAGCCACCCACAACACAAACUCAAGUUUGAGUACUCAGAGUUCCCAUUCAAGUGUGAUGGCUGCAAGGAGGUUGGUAUUGGCUCUCGCUACAAGUGCACGAUCUGCGACUUUGACCUCCACGUGCAUUGUGCCAUCCCUUCCCCUUCUAUCUCACACCCUUUCUACACCAAGUGUUCCUUCCAGUUCAUGUCUCGCCAGCCCGGCAACACUCCCCGGUUCUGCAAUGCCUGCGAGAAGGAUGUCACUGGGUUUAUUUACCACUGCAAGGCGUGCGGUUUCGACCUUCACCCGUGCUGUGCCAAGCUCCCAAUGAUGCUCAGUGAUGGCGAAAUCAAGCUAUAUCUCUACAGGAAAGUGAGUGCGUCGUGUCAUAGGUGCGGCCGGAAAGGAAGAAGCUGGAGUUAUAGGUCUUCCUGUAAGAAGUACAAUCUACAUGUUGCUUGUGUGAAGGAAAUGCUGGUGGAGAGUUGGCAUGAACUGUAUUUUGGACGUGGGAAAGGGACCAAACUGGAGACAAGAAUUCCUAGUCUUAAGAAUACUCUUCAGACACAUCACAACAAGAGCAAGGGUAAGAUGAAGAGGUGCUGUGAGAUGGCUGGUACGGCUGUCCAAUCUGUUGUAUCUGCUGUACUGGGAGAUCCGACGGCUCUAAUUGCUGGGGUCAUUGGGGUGCUAAUAUCAAGAGCAUGAUGAUCAGUGAUUUCAAGUAACUUAGGAUUAGGAUCAGGUUGGUUUAGUAUGGACUUGCUUGUAGGAUAUCGGACCAUCAUGAUGUGAUUUGGUUGUGGCCAAAAUUCCAAGAGCCUAGCAUGUCGAUUAUUUCUCUAAUAGCCCAUUCCUCUGGCCA